CCAUUCUCAAACAGUCCCUACUGGGAGAACACAGACAGGCAGAGGAUUACAACACAAGGCGGCAAGCACUGGGAGACAAAAGUUUUGGCAUCUGUGACCUGGCUGUGCCAAGAUGGGCGACUGGAGCUUCCUGGGAGAAUUCCUGGAGGAAGUACAUAAGCACUCGACCGUGGUAGGCAAGGUCUGGCUCACUGUCCUUUUCAUAUUCCGUAUGCUCGUGCUGGGCACAGCUGCUGAGUCUUCCUGGGGGGAUGAGCAGGCUGAUUUCCGGUGUGAUACGAUUCAGCCUGGCUGCCAGAACGUCUGCUACGACCAAGCUUUCCCCAUCUCCCACAUUCGCUACUGGGUGCUGCAGAUCAUCUUCGUCUCCACGCCCUCUCUGGUGUACAUGGGCCACGCCAUGCACACUGUGCGCAUGCAGGAGAAGCGCAAGCUACGGGAGGCCGAGAGGGCCAAAGAGGUCCAGCGCUCUGGCUCUUACGAGUACCCGGUGGCUGAGAAAGCAGAACUGUCCUGCUGGGAGGAAGGGAAUGGAAGGAUUGUCCUCCAGGGCUCCCUGCUCAACACCUAUGUGUGCAGCAUCCUGAUCCGCACCACCAUGGAGGUGGGCUUCAUUGUGGGCCAGUACCUCAUCUACGGAAUCUUCCUGACCACCCUGCACGUCUGCCGCAGGAGUCCCUGUCCCCACCCGGUCAACUGUUACGUAUCCCGGCCCACCGAGAAGAAUGUCUUCAUUGUCUUUAUGCUGGCUGUGGCUGCACUGUCCCUCCUCCUUAGCCUGGCUGAGCUCUACCACCUGGGCUGGAAGAAGAUCAGACAGCGAUUUGUCAAGCCGCGGCAGCACAUGGUUAAGUGCCAGCUUUCUGGCCCCUCUGUGAGCAUGGUCCAGAGUUGCACACCACCCCCCGACUUUAAUCAGUGCCUGGAGAAUGGCCCUGGGGGAAAAUUCUUCAAUCCCUUCAGCAAUAAUAUGGCCUCCCAACAAAACACAGACAACCUGGCCACUGAGCAAGUGCGAGGUCAGGAGCAGACUCCUGGGGAAGGUUUCAUCCAGGUUCGUUAUGGCCAGAAGCCUGAGGUGCCCAAUGGAGUCUCACCAGGUCACCGCCUUCCCCAUGGCUAUCAUAGCGACAAGCGACGUCUUAGUAAGGCCAGCAGCAAGGCCAGGUCAGAUGACCUAUCAGUGUGACCCUCCUUUAUGGGAGGACCAGGACCAGGUAGGAACAAAGGAGGCUCAGAGAAGAAAGAUGUGUCCCUUCUGAAAUGAUGCUUUCUCACUGUCAUCACUGCUUGGCUCCUUUGGGCCCUGGGUCUCAAUGACAUUGCUCAUUAAUUCUAGAAACUGUAAUCAGGGCUCUGGGAUAGUAAGAGACAUGACUAUCCACCCAGACUGCAGUUCCCUCCCCACCCUCUACCCAGUAUAUGAAGCCUUUCAGGCUACUCAUGAAACAGGGUAGAGGGAGGGAAGGGAAGCAUGGCAAAAGCUGGCCUGGAAGGGAUAGCCAGAGGGAUAGAAUGACUCUUUCUCUACAUACCAGCAACAUACCAGAUGCAUUCUUUAAGUUCCUACCUCCUUGACCUGAUCACCCUCCCUCCUCCAAGGAAGAGCUCAAAGUUCCCAGCCAACAGAGAGCAUGAAUCAAGGAACUUGCAUUAUAUGUGCUCCUUGAGUCUGUUGUCUCCAUGGACCAUUCCUCAGAGUAGUGGUGAGAUGUCCUUGGGUUGCCUUUGGCUUCUCCUCCCUCUACUCAGUCUUUAUAAAAAGGGUUUCUUGGAACUUUACCAGCAGCCUCAACUUUACAAAUGCCUUAGUAUGUACCUUUGGCAAAUGCCCCACCUUGGUGAUGUUGCAACGUUUCCUUCUGCCAGGGUGUACACCUAGCCUGUGAAGAUGUCAGCUCUGCUAGGGAGUCACUGUACACACAAACUCCACUGGAAUUCCUGCCAAUAUCUGUCACCCUGCAGCUCCUUUACAGUUCAAUCCAAUGAUAGAAACCAUCCCUUCCCUUUCUCCCUUGGCUGUUCACCCAGCCAUUCCCUGAAGGCCUUAUCGACAGGAAUAUCCAAGAAGCUGUUGUUCUCUCUCGAACCCUGACCAGAUCCCCAGCCACUGAGGCCAGUGGAAUUUCCCCAGGCCUUGUUAAAACAAAGAAAGCAUUGUACUUCUCAGAUUCCCCCUGUGGAAAAAAAAUUCUGCUGUGAAGAUGAAAAUAAAAUAGGAGAGAAAACACUGGAAAA